AUGGCUGAGUUACUGCUCCUGGAGUAUGGGAUAAAGAAGAAGGAAGAAAAGGAAGCAGAGGCCCAGGCUGCACUGGAAGCUAAUGCUGAAGGGAGUCUGACACGUCCAAAGACGGCAAUCCCUCCUGGCUGUGGGGAUGAGGAGGAGGAGGAAGAAGUGAGCAUUCUAGACACAGUCAUCAAAUACCUACCAGGACCCCUGCAGGACAUGUUCAAGAAGUAA